GAACACUUGUGGCUGCGUUAAUUUGCGUGGGAGUUGUUUUUCCCUUCCACCCGCUUCCCUGUGCGGACUUUGAUGGAUGUCUGUUGGAGCAUUUGAAUUACUGUCGGCACCCAGGAGGCGAAGAGGCAACGCGGAGCAGAGGAUUAAGUUCAGAAAAAGAGUAUGAGCGGACCAUCUUCUGGUCGGAGGACCCCAGCGGACCACGGCGUCCAGAUCCGUUUCAUCAAUGAUCUUCACGGGACUGGCGGCGGGCCGCCGGCAUACCAGCCCAAACCAAAGGCAAAGGCCCAUAACUCCAAAUAUGGCGUGGCGGUCCGGGUGCAGGGCAUCGCCGGCCAGCCCUACGUGGUCCUGAAGGAUGGACAGAAGGGAGACUCGUACGGAGUCCAGCUCAAGACCCAGGCCCACUCGGGCUCCAGCAGCCUUCCUCGGAGGAGAGACAGGGCCGAGCUGGGGGCAGAGGGGUCGAUGUCGGAGGAGGGGAGAGGGGAGGGCAGGGGGGGGGCGCUGCGCCGGGCUCAGUCCCAUGGCUCACUGCUAGACAGGGAUGGAGGAGAUGAGGAUUUCCAGCUGUCUAGACCACCAGGGGACGGGAAGUCUGGUAGCUACGGGAAUCUGGAUGGAGGGAUCGGAGUUCGGGGGGACAGGGAGCAGAGCUGGAGUAUCAGUGACAGAGACACUGCCAUAGAGAGCAACAUGUGGGAUGGUUCGUACAAAGCUGGGCUCAACAGGUCUCUGGGCUCCGUGGCGGACCCUCAGUCGUACCCCGAGCCUCCUCCGUACUCCGGAGUCAACAAACUGAAAAACAGGUUUGAUGGUGUUAAAGCUGGAGGCCAGCAGAGAGGAAUCCCUCCUACACAACACCAGCCCAGACCGACAUCUCCCCUGGUCGCCCCGAACCAAUAUUCCUCACCUCCGUCCUCCACUCACAGCAGCAUGGGACGCAGCCAGGGCCCUGCCGCCAAACUUCCCGGAUACUCAGCGAAUCAGUGGGCUCCAGUGCAGCCGCCGAAAGCCAAUCAGAGCGAGGCACAGGUGACCCCUGACCUUUUGCUGGACCAGGGUCAGAGUGCAGAGAUGAGCAGCGAAGAGGAGCAAGUCAUGAGAACGAUAUACAACAUCCUGAGACAAGGGUCCAGUGAGAGCGAUGUCACCAUCAAUCACAAAGCUAAAGUCAUCUUUCAGAAGAUUCAGAACCUGAGGCCCAGAGAAAGCCCGAGGGAAGAGUGGCUCAGGGAGAAAAGGGAGCUUGAGACAAAGAUUUCUAAACUGCAGACUUUCCUUCACGAAGAAAGGAGAGACUCGGCCAGCAAUUCUGAUCCCGCUCUGAAAGCCGAGCUCGAGUCUUGUCUGGAUGAAAACCUGCAGCUCCAGGAGAUGCUGGAUCGGAAGAAAAAGGAAUUGAACGACACACAAUCAGAGCUGACUCAGCUGCGGAUGGACCGGGAAAGCGCCGAGGCCCGGGUCAGAGGAAUGGAGGACCAGCUGGCUGAGCUUCAAGAUGAACUGAGAAGAGAAAACGGCAGCAGGACGGACGUGGCGUCUUACCAGACGCAGCUGAUGGAGCUCAGUCAGGUGAGGCAGAAGCUGGAGGAGACGCUGCGACAGAGAGAGAGGGAGCUCACAGCUCUGAAAGGAGCCCUGAAGGACGAGGUGGCGACCCACGACAAGGAGAUCGAGGUGCUGCGAGACCAGUACAGAACCGACAUGGAGAAGCUCCGCGGCAGCAUGGAGCAAGUCUCCCAGUCUCACGCAGGCAUCGAGGCGGAACGGCAGCGUGUGAACUCCUCAGUCCGUUCUCUGCAGCAGCAGCUGGAGGACUGCAGGGAUGAGAGCAGUCACUGGAUGGAGCAGUUCCAUAACACCAGAGACGAACUCCGAACAGCGAAACAAGAAGAGACUUGCAGACACCCUGAAACACAACUCCUGCAAACCCGCCUGGAGAAAGAGGAGUUUGAAGAAGAACUGACCGAGGUUAAAGAGAGAAUGAGCGCCAUGAAACAGCAGAUUCCGGACCGCAGUGAAACAGAGACUCUCAACCAGGAGCUACAGCGAAGCAACGCGGAGCUGAAGAAGGCCAAGGCCGAGGUGGACAAGCAGAGGACGGAGUUUGACAAGAAGGUCAUGGAGGUCAUCUCCAUAAAGAAAACUCACCAGCAGCAGGAAGCCGAGCUGAAGUACGAAAUCGACCGGCUGAAGGACCAGCUGCAGCGGUCCAAGGAUGAUUUCACCAAAGCUCAAGAGAAAAACAAACGGCUCCCGGACCCGGCCGCCGUCUCGGAGCUGGAGCAGAAGAUCCAGGAGGCGCAGAGCGAAGUCACUCAGCUCAAGGAGAAGCUGUCAUUCGCUCAUGAAGAACUGGACUCUCAUAAAACGCGUCUCAGCCGCGCUCAGAUAGACAUCGACUCGCACAAAGAGGCCCAGCAGGAGCAGGAGGCGGCCAACGCACGUCUCAAAGAAAAACUCUCGAGAUUAGAGGCUCAGCUGCAGUCCAACGCCACAGAGAGCUCGGAGGCGGAGCUGGCCCUGCACGCCGAGGUGAGGGGCCUGAGAUCCGAGCUGGACGAGGCCAAGAGGAAAGCGUCCAGGCUGAGCCAGGAGCACCGCGAGCUCACCCUGCGUCUGGAGGAUUCCGACAAAGACAAGGACGCGCUCAAACAGACCGUCAGCCAGCUGGAAGAGGCCAAACGGCAGCAGGAGAGAGCCAUCGAGAAACUCACCAAGGAUAACGACUCUCUGACCGUGUCCUCAAGAGACGAGGUGCAAGCUCUCAGAGUUCAGCUGGAGGAGCAGAGAGAGAGGGCACGCAAGGAGAUGCAGGAGGCGCAGCGGCAGGGAACCGACGCUCACUCCGAGCUGGAGCGAAGCCAUGCCAACCUGAGGCGACUGGAGGAAGAACUGUCACGACAGAAGAAGGAGCUUCUGCUGGCGUGUGAGGAGAGGGACAACCACCAGCUGGAUAAAGAGCUUCUGGCCAACAGACUGCGCCACCUGGAGGGAGAGAUGGAGACCCACAAAAACAGCCACAACGAGAAGACCCGGGAGGUUCGGCUCCUGGAGGACAAGCUGAAGCGUCUGGAGUUGGAAUUCGAGGAGGAGAAAAGCAACGCGGAGAUGAUGACCGACCGGGUGUCCCGGAGCCGAGACCAGAUCGAUCAGCUCCGCGCUGAACUCAUGCAGGAGAGAUCCUCCAAGCAGGACCUGGAGCUGGAUAAGAACGCCUUGGAGCGACAGCUGAAGGAGCUCAGGAGUCGUGUGGCGGACAUGGAAGGCCAUUCCCGCUCCUCGGCAGGAGUCUCCCAGCUGGAAAGCAAGAUCCAGGAACUGGAAGAGCGGCUGCUCAGCGAGGACAGGGAAAAGACGUCCAUGUUGGCAUCGCAGCGUCGUCUGGAGAGGAAGCUGAAAGAGCUCAACAUGACGCUGGAUGAAGAGAGACAAUCGCACACCGAGCAGAAAGACCAGCUCGCCCUGAAAGUGAAGGCUCUGAAGAGGCAGGUGGAUGAAAGCGAAACGGAGCUUGAAAGGAUCGAUGCGCUGCGGAGAAAAGCCCAGAGAGACGUGGAGGAGCAGAUGGAGCUCAAGGACGCCUUGCAGAGCCGAGUAACCGCUCUAGAAACUGAGCUCAAGAGGAAAACUCAAUCGGCGAUGAGGCCGGCCCUGGAUUCAUCAGCCCUGAGUUCAGACGACGACGACGACAGCCUGUACGACUCCUCCACCAUCAAGUCCUUCCUGGACAGCAACCUCCAGACCAGCUCGUGUUAGAGCAGCACUUCACGGGCCGGACGAGGGUGGGGAAACACAACACUGCCACAGCAAAGAAAAAAAGAGAAGGAAAGUGUAGAUUAGUUCCUUUGUGAUCUGGGAGUGAAGCCAAGAAGGCAGAAUGAUAUGCACUACUGACAAUGAGGGAGAAGCACAAAGACCUGGGAGGCGUCGGACAUAUUUUAAAGGGGAACAGGAGAAUGAUUUUCCACACCACAGUGAAUGAAAGGAAGC